AUGGUCUAUACCUCUUACGACUACAACAUCGGCCCCACCUGCUAUAAAUCUACUGCACCUGCUGCAGCGUCUGCUGCACUGGCAUCGUCUGCUGCACUGGCAUCGUCUGCUGCACUGGCAUCGCCUGCUGCACUGGCAUGGUCUGCUGCACUGGCAUCGCCUGCUGCAUAUGCUGCGCCUCCUUCAUCACCUGCUGCAGCUGCCAUAUUAGCCCCCCUAUCUGCUGGAUCUACUAAACCUACUGCAUCUGAAACGUUUGUUGCACCGGCCACCU